AUGCGUACCUAGGCAAAGUAUACUUUUCUGCAUGCGUUCAUUUAUACAAUGUUAUUUGUAUAAAUAGCCGUGUGCUCGCUACCUUGUGCUGAAGCAAGGCGACACAGCCUAUUGGGUGAGGUAGCGCUAUUUCUUGGUUGGAGCUUUGAGAAGGCGCAGCGCAAUCGAUCGAGAUGGUUGGGGUGGCCGAAGCAAUUGGGCUUAUUUCGUCGUUGAUGAGCAUCGUGGAACAGAUCAAUCGGCUGGCGGAGGCGGCUCAGCGCAACAGGGAGAAAUGUACUAUGCUAAAAGACCACGUGCAAAUGAUUAACCUCCUCCUGACGGAGCUGAAAAGCCAGUGGAUGCCGGACCCAGUGACCUACAGCAUGCUGAAACAUCUUGAAGAUGCGCUCAACGACGGGAAGGCGCUCGUUGAGUCCUGCAGGGAGAAGAGGACUUGGUCGCUUGUCUUCAAAACCAAAAAGAAAGCCAACAAGAUCGUCGCCGUUGAUGCACGGAUAUCCAAAAUCCUGGAGUCGUUCCACAUUGCCAACAUGAUCCUCAUUGUAAGCAUCAAUAAGGAGCGCUUCUUCAUGAACGUGCUUGAGAAGCUGCUUCGAAAUGGUGCUUGCAAGCGCCUUCCACAGACUGAAAAAGAGGAGCUGAAGUCAUCUAUCAGGAACUUGACUAACAUGGACAAUAUGUCAUCCGACGCUAAAAGUGUGAUUGAGUUGAUAAUCAGGGACAUCACGGACGGGGACGUGAAUGCAGUGAGGAGCAGCACGUUGUCGGUAGGUCCAGGAGAACGUGGAGACCAGCAGGGGGCUCGAACCGGCGACCAUGAUGAGGUCGUGCGCCUCGCACUUUCUAUCGUGCAGGAGGCGAAGGCGCUGAGGCAGAACAGGGGGGAGAUCCAGCAGCUGGUACAAUUCGUACAGCAGAUAGCCGACCUGAUGCAGCAGCCCCAGUCCUGGAAGCUGUCGCGGGACCAGAACACCAGGUCGAUGGUGAGCAGUCUGAAAGAACAUCUCCGAGAUGCGUACAAGAUCGUGUUGCACAACCAGCAGCACAAGAUCGACUACAGGAUCGCGCAGACCUUCCUCUGCGGCGUCGACGGCGGCUACGAUUGGCAGCAACCCGAUCUCAUACUCAAGGUUGCCUACAGGAUCGAGUACUACGUCCAGGUCCUCCCCGUCAUUACCAUGCGUCAUAUGUUGGCGUGACACUGCACCAGCUACCUCUCAAUAUAUAGCACUUCUGGCAGCAGCGUAUUUUAAUUUCUGGUAGUAGUGUAAUUAAAGGCAUGCAUGCGUGCCCUAUGUUUCAAUCUCCCUUACUUCAGGUUCUGCAUGUAAUAAGAUUCUGGAAUAUGGUUUGAGUGUGCUUUGGUUCCUAUAAAUUAAGAAACCUUACAUAAAUACUCUC